AUGGAACAAACCGGAAGCAUGAAGAUGCCUCUGAGGAGGUCCUUCAGUGAACAUGUCAGAGACUCCACCAACCGAGCCUGGAACGGAUUCUGGAGAAGUGUCCGAGAGAGCAGGCUCUGGGAGAUAGAAGCCAGAGAGGCCUGUGAUUGGCUGAGAGCGGCGGGAUUUCCUCAGUACGUCCAGCUGUUCAGAGAUGGGAAGUUCCCGAUCGACCUGGAGUGGGCCAAACAGGAUCACGGUUUCCUGGACAAAGAUGCAGUGGACUCACUCUGCAGGAGAUUAAAAACACUAAACAAAAGUGCAGAGCUGAGACUGGAGCUGCGCCGGACCAAAAGAAGGGAGGUGGAGAGUGAGGAGGAGGACUUCUGUGCUCUGAGCCCAAACUGGAGCUACGACCGGAUAUCCAAACAGUGGCAUCGUAACGAAUCACCCGCAGACUUAGGCUUCAGCUUCAGCCCUCUGCACAAUGCUAGCUACAGCUCCUGCAGCUCAGACAGUGAAGGCCUGGACCACACCUCCACUCAGACCUGGGGCUCACUUAGAUUUUCCCCCAGGAACAAGGCUCGAUCCCUGGGCACAUGCUCCAGCAGCUGCCCCUCUCCUGGGUCCUCCGGAAUGAGUCUAGAUGGAAGUUUGGAGAGAUCACAGAGUAAAAACAGCACGAGUUUGUUGAGGAAAAUCGAUAAACUGAAGCUGCGACGGGCCAUAGGAGGCUGGGGCAGGUACAGGAGUCUGGGGAGCUCAGUGGAGGAAGACGACACACUGCACUGCACAGACAGCCCUCAGAGUGCCCCCAACAGCCCGGUGUCCUCCUGCCCCUCCUCUCCUCAAACCAGCAGUCAAUCAGAGACCAGCAGCCGCAGUCACAGCCAAUCAGAGAGCAGCAGUGUUGUGAGCACGCCCAGCCCAGUGACCCGAGUCCGCAGCAAGAGUAAAAAAGAAAUCAACCAGAAUGACCAACAGAAGUACUUAAACCAGAUCAACCUGUGCCACUCUGGUACAGACUUUGACACCUCGUUGAGACUCAAAACUGGGACCUUCCCAAGUCUCCGGGACCGGAUCUUGGACCAGGACUCUGUAAACUGGAGGACCGGCAGUUUCCACGGAUACCAGAGGAGAAGGAGCAGCGGGCGCCGCCAUGGCACCUCUUCCUUGUCAUCGGCCAAUCAGAAUGCUCCAAGCUGUGACGUCGUUGUCACAGAGCCCCGCCUCAGUGUGUAUGACAACGUGCACCCUGUAAUGGAGAGUGAACAUGCUGAGAUGUUCGGUCGCCUGGGUUCUGAUGAGGUCUUCUCAGCUCUGGACCGAGUUUUAGAGCGGAUCACUGACCUGCAGCAGAAGGUCUCCUCCUGGACUCAAGACUUAUCCGAAGACCAGGAUCAGGAUUCAAUUCAGGAUCUCACGGAGGACCAGGAUUUAACCCAGGAUCUUACGGAGGACCGGGAUUCUAUUCAGGACUCCAGCCCGGAACAUAGCCCUGAGUCUACAGACCUGAUGCACCACAUGGACCAGGGACCAGAGGAGCAGACAUCUGGAGAAGAACAGAAUGAGAGACUGAGCAGAGAGGAUCGGCCCGGGUCCUGGUCUCCUGAGUCUGAUUCAGAUCCGGGGGGAAUCCUGGGUCUGUCUUGGUCCAGACUGGCUCUGCUGCAGAAGCUGGCAUUGCUGCGGCUCACGGCUCUGAUGGACAAGUACUCCCCCACCAGCCGACAGGGGUGGAGCUGGACGGUGCCCAAACCACAGAGGAAGUCCAAAGGUUCGGAGGUGAAAGGUCGUAGGGUGUUUGGCGUCCCUUUGCUGGUGAACAUGCAGCAGACUGGAGAACCACUGCCCCCUAGUGUCCUGCGGGCCAUGGUGUAUGUGAGGAAUGAGUGUGUGGACCAGAUGGGGGUGUUUCGUAAAUCCGGGCUGAAGUCCAGGAUCCAGGCUCUAAGGGACCAGCUGGAGCGUGGUCCAGACCAGGUCUCGUUCUCUGGCCUCUGUGCUUUUGACGUGGCCGACCUGAUCAAACAAUACCUCAGAGACCUGCCUGAACCGCUGCUCAGCUCCAAACUCAACAACACAGUUCUACACAUCUACCAGUACUUCCCUCAGGACGUGCAGAUGGACGCGGUGCAGUCGGCCAUCUUGCUGCUGCCGGACGAACGGCGUGAGGCUCUGAGGACUCUGCUCUACUUCCUGUAUGACGUUGUGUCCAGCUCAGAGGAGAAUCACAUGACCCACACCAACAUGGCGGUCUGUCUGGCCCCUUCACUGUUCCACCUGAGUGCGGGCCAGAGGGACAACCACAGAAACAGACCAGGACAGAGGAAGUGCAGCCUCGGUCCAGAUCAGAGGGACCUCAGUGAGAGUCUGGCGGCGACUCAGGCUCUGGGUCACAUGAUCUCAGAGGCGCACACACUCUUCCAGCUGCCUGUGUUUUGGUCCGGUUCCACCUGUACCAGUCCAGACUCUGAGGAAGGGGUGUGGUCAGACUCCCCUGGUUGCCAUGGAGACAGCGUUGAGGGGGAGGAGCUAAGUGAGGCUCACCUGAAGCUCGAGAGAAGCACAGAGUCUCUGCUGAAACUGAGCCAGGACCAGGACCAGGUCUGGACCAGUUUCACCACUCCAGACGGACUACAGCUGGACUACAGGAAGUGCCCAGACCUCAGCCCCCUGCCCUUAUGGAGAGCCCGUCUGGAGCUGGAGGUCCCGCCCCCUGUGGUCCUGAGGAGGGUCCUCUCUGAGCGCUCGCAGUUUGACCCUCGUCUGCAGCGGGACUCUAGACUCCGCCCACUCGGUCCAGACUCAGACUUGUACCUGUACCAGAUCCAGAGCCAGGGCCAUGGGCUAGGGUCUAUACCUCCCACUGUCUACAGUCUGCUCAGAUCAUGGCAGUCUGACCCGUCCUCCGGCCCCAUGUACGUGUCGUCUGUGUCCAUCUCACAACAGGACGUCCCAAAGACAGUCCAUGUGCACUCCUGCAUGUAUCUACUGGAACCCAUAGGGGACAAAAAGACCAGGCUCACCCACUUCUGCAGCACAGAGUACAGGGGGCGAUCUUUGGAGUGGCACGUCAAAGUCAGUGGUCAUCUUUUGGCCAAUGAGCUGCUGUCCAUUCGAGACUCUUUUGAACAAUAAAUCAACAACAUGAAGCUGUGAACCUGAAAACUACAUUCUGAGCUCUUCGCUGUGUUGACUUGCUGAAGGACUUUGCAAAUCCAAAAUGGAGGAGUGACCUUGCCGUAGCUGACAGUAUCCCAUAAUCCUCUGCUGUUAUGUUCCACUUUCGACUUCACUGAAAAGAGGCAGAAAAUCUAGUGAAGCAUCAGUGAACUACAGCGCUCCUGUCAAUCAACACUGUCAGAUAUGAAAUAGACAAGGGAAAAGUCUAGAAUAUAUUUUAAACAUGUUUGAGUUUAUGUAUAGCAUCGACAUGACCUGACAAAAGUUUGGACACACUAUCUUUUUGUUUUCUUUAUCUUUACUACUUUUUACAUUUAAUAUACAGACAGAAGACAUCAAAUACAUGAAGAGUAUAAAAACAGGAGAUGGGUGAGUGCUUUAGUGGGGCUCUGGUGAGUCACACAGAAGGACAAAAGUGCUCCUCAAGGAUAAAACCACUUAUGGAGGAACAGAGAUUUAGCUUAGCACAGACCGACGUGGAGACGUGAACGGCACUGGACCUGAAACAAUCCGAGGCACUUCUGCGUAGAAAAAUGACAAGUCCUUCAUUAAGACAUGGACCAGAUUACACGUUUCCACGCCUGAGUUUUCAUCAGGGCUUAAGAGUAAAGUGAUGAGGGCACUGUCUUUUAUAAAAAUAUAUUCACCAUAUAGUCACCCGGUGCAUCAUGUUCAAAUCUUUACAUUUAUGUGCUGAGCUAAAUCUAUGUUCCUCCAUAUGAUGUAAAAUAUAUGGAAUAUGAAGCAAAGAACAAAAGUUUAAUGGCUCUUCUAAAUAUUUUUCUUUAUAUUUUGUAUUCUAAUCCUCAAAGUA